AUGAGUAUUAAUUUCAAGGAUGACUGGUUUUGGAAAGGGGAUAUCAGGGGACAAUAUACGGUUAAAGAUGGCUAUAGAUACCAAGGGGAGUUGAUCACCACCCCAGACGCAGUCUGGAACAACAUUUGGAAGCUUAGGGUCCCUUCCAAGUGGAGGAUUUUUCUUUGGAAGGCCCUUUCUAAUAUUUUGCCAACUAUUACCAACUUGGUUAGAAGGAGAGUAGAGAUUCCUAAUAUUUGCCCGGCUUGUGGAGAUUAUGAGGAGGAUAUUAUGCAUAUUUUAUGCACUUGUAUUUAUGCUAGACGUGUGUGGAAUGUUUCACGCCUUCUUAUCCCUAACGUUGAUGGUUAUGAUUUUAUGCAGUGGGUGGAGGCUUGGUUGGGAAGCUCAGCAAUAUCUGCUGGGUUUCUAAAAGAACAGAUAUGUGGAAUACUCUACGAAAUUUGGAGAGCUCGGAAUAUGGUUGUUUGGGAUUUUGUUCUACCGACUCCCUCGCAUCUAUGUCACGGUUUUCACGGUACUUGGUCUGCCUGGGCAUCGAACAACACGCCGGCUGCUCCCCCCAUUCCGGCUGCUCCCCUCGUUCCGGCUGCCCCCUUACUGCCGACAGCACCGGAAAUGGCGACGUGGCUGCCGCUGGACGCGAUAAUCUGCUACGCUGAUGCCGGAUUCCACGGCACGUCCCCGUCUUUUGGUUUUUAUGUAUGCAGCACAGAGGGCGGUUUUGUUGCGGCUACGAACGGACCUCUUAUAUGCCCGUAUGAUCCUCUCCUAGUUGAAGCCAUGGCAGUACGAGAAGCUCUAUCAUGGCUACAAGAACACAAUUUUCACAACGUUGUGAUUUUUUCGGACUGUGCGGUCCUUGUUUCUUGCUUUCGCAAUGCGAGUUCCUAUCGUUCGUACCUAGGUGUUAUCUUAGAUUCAUGUUUGCAUUUAUUUCGCUCUUUUCAUUCAUGCUCCAUUAAAUUUGUACACAGAGAUGCCAAUACGGUAGCUCAUGCCUUAGCAAAGCAUGGUAGUGCGGUUGACACUCGUACUGUCUGGAGGGAUUUUCCUCCUUCCUUUGUUUCGUCUUCAGUUUAA